AUGGCCGAUGGCGACCUCAAGGAGCAUGCGCUCAACAGUUCACACGACUUCUACGAACUGCUCGAAGUAUCCCCAGCCGCGAACGAGUCGGAAAUUCGGCGAGGGUAUCGCAAGACUGCCCUGAAAUACCACCCCGACAAAGUCGGUGCUAACCCUGAAGCGCUUGACAAAUUCCACCUACUGCAAAUCGCAUACGAUGUACUGCUUGAUACGAACGUGCGGCAGCUCUAUGACAACGCCCGACGUGCAAGAGAAGAAAAGAAGCAGCGAGAAUCGGCAUAUUCUGAUCGCCGAAGACAACUCAAAGAGGAUCUAGAGAGGAGAGAGAGUGCUGGUAUCAAGCGGAAACGUGACGAAUAUCAGGCAGAGGAGGCUUUCCAGCAAGAGCUGAAUCGAUUGGCUGCUGACGGAGCAAGGCGAAGAAAGGAGAGAGAGGAGCAGCUACGGCGAGAGGCACAAGAAGAAUGGGAGCGAGAGCAGAAAGAAGUGAACGCGGGUCCCGUGGAGGCGCCAGCAGAGGCAGAAACAGCAAAGAAGCAGGGCGUGGAGGAGUCUGAUCGGACUAUCAAACUUCGAUAUCCUGCCGAUACUCCUGGCCUGGACGAGAGCGAGCUCAGAUCGCGGUUCAGUCGAUUUGGCAAGAUUGAGGAUCUUCAUUCAAAGAACAAGAAGAUCAAGAUUGAUGGCGAAAAGCAUCGGAAGGAUUAUGUUACUGCAAUCAUAGUCUUCGAGAGCAUCGUGGGCGCACACGCUGCCAUGACAGAUCUUCCCAAGAUGGCCGAGGCUGAGGAUUCGAGAGGUGUCGAAUCUCCCAUCUGGACUGUGUUUGAGAACGUGGAUUGGCUGAGUGGCAAAGAGCCAGACUGUAUACCCAAGGCCAAGGCGAGACCUAUGGCAGAGACCCCAAGCAAAGGGCCCAUCACACCGGCUACCGAAAGGAUCAAGAACACGGACUUGGGCAAUGGCGCUGGUCUGAGAAAAGUGCCAUCGUUCGGAAGUUUCAAAGGCACCCCAAAAGCCGCCACCAGCACUCUGCAUACCCCCACGUCGGACGAGGUCACGAUGAUGCGACUCAAGAAUGCAGAGAGGAAGCGGCUGGCUGAGAAAUUGAGGAAGGAGGAAGAAGAAGCAGAUGGCAAAGACGGCCUAGAGGCAGCCUGA